GGCGGCAGGCCCGCGGCCUGAAGCCGCGAGACCGCGGUGGGUGCCGCCCGAACACGACCCAGCGCGGGCAGCAGCAGGGCUGGGCGACUGCGAGGACGUACCGGUCCGGCCGCUGUGCAAGCCCCGCGGCAUCUGCUCGCGCGCUUACUUUCUGGUGCUGAUGGUGUUCGUGCACCUGUACCUGGGCAACGUGCUGGCCCUGCUGCUCUUCGUACACUACAGCAACGGCGACGAGAGCAGCGACCCCGGGCCUCAGCGCCGCGCCCAGGGCCCUGGGUCCGCGCCAACCUUGGCGCCCCUCACCCGGCUCGAAGGCAUCAAGGUGGGGCACGAGCGCAAGGUCCGGCUGGUCGACGACAGGGAUCACUUAAUCCGAACCCUCAGCCUCAAGCCGCUGCUGUUUGAAAUCCCUGGCUUCCUGAGUGAUGAGGAGUGUCGGCUCAUCAUCCACCUGGCACAGAUGAAGGGGUUACAGCGCAGCCAGAUCCUGCCCACCGAAGAGUACGAAGAGGCAAUGGGCACAAUGCAAAUCAGCCAGCUGGACCUCUUCCAGCUGCUGGACCAGAACCACGAUGGUCGCCUGCAGCUCCGUGAGGUCCUGGCCCAGACUCGCCUGGGAAAUGGACGGUGGAUGACUCCAGAGAACAUUCAGGAGAUGUACUCUGCGAUCAAGGCUGACCCUGAUGGUGAUGGAGUGCUGAGCCUGCAGGAGUUCUCCGACAUGGACCUUCGAGACUUUCACAAGUACAUGAGGAGCCAUAAGGCAGAGUCCAGCGAGCUGGUGCGGAACAGCCACCACACGUGGCUCUACCAGGGUGAAGGUGCCCACCACGUCAUGCGCGCCAUCCGCCAGAGGGUGCUGCGUCUCACCCAACUCUCACCUGAGAUCGUGGAGCUCAGCGAGCCACUGCAGGUCGUGCGGUAUGGUGAGGGAGGCCACUACCAUGCCCACGUGGACAGCGGGCCUGUGUACCCAGAGACCAUCUGCUCCCAUACCAAGCUGGUGGCCAAUGAGUCUGUACCCUUCGAGACCUCUUGCCGCUACAUGACAGUGCUGUUUUAUUUGAACAACGUCACCGGUGGGGGCGAGACUGUCUUCCCUGUAGCAGACAACAGGACCUAUGAUGAAAUGAGUCUGAUUCAGGAUGACGUUGACCUCCGUGACACUCGGAGGCACUGUGACAAGGGGAACCUGCGUGUCAAGCCCCGCCAAGGCACAGCAGUCUUCUGGUACAACUACCUGCCUGAUGGGCAAGGUUGGGUGGGCGACGUGGACGACUACUCACUGCACGGGGGCUGCCUGGUCACGCGCGGCACUAAGUGGAUAGCCAACAAUUGGAUCAACGUGGACCCCAGCCGGGCACGGCAGGCAUUAUUCCAGCAGGAGAUGGCGCGCCUGGCCCGCGAAGGUGGCUCCGAUUCGCAGCCGGAGUGGGCCCUGGACCGGGCCUACGGCGAUGCGCGCGUGGAGCUCUGAGGGGAGUGUCCACCCGGUUCCCCAGCCGCAGGUCGCCGGCCGCCCGAGGUCGGGGGCCAUGCCGUCCCCUUGUCCAGCUGCAGGCCAAAGGCCUGGCCAGUAUCUUGGCCCACCCCCGCCUCCAGCCGCGAUUAGGACACAGUUCCUAUAGCCAUGUUAUUUAUUGUGUACAGACCCGUGCUGCCCCGACAAAUAAAACCACGGCUUGGAGCCGCAGGCCC